AUGAGCUGUCUGUACACCCCAAGCAGCAGCAGGGGCCCCACAGCCGCCCUGGAGUUUCUGCUGCUGCACGAAGCAGCAGCAGAGGAGGCAGCAGCAACUAAGGGGCCCCCCGGGGGGGCCCCCCGGGGCCCCCAGGGGCCCCCCAGAAGGGGCCCCAGGGGGCCCCACAGGAGGGGCCCCAGGGGGGCCCCCUCUGCGCUGUACGUACACCCCAACGGGGGGGAGGGCCCUGCGGCGUCUGCUGCAGCAGCAGGAGAAGCCGAAGCUCCAGCUGCUGCAGCAGCAGCUGAAGAAGCAGCAGCAGCAGCAGCAGCAGCAGCAGCGAGCCCACCAGAAGCAGCAGCAGCAGCAGCAGCGAGCCCACCAGAAGCAGCAGCAGCAGCAGCAACCGCCGCAGCAGCAGCAGCAGCAGCAGCAGCAGCGCGUCUCGUUUCUUUUGUCAGCUUCUCUUUGGAUUUAUCAGCAGCAACUCCAAAGGCCCUCCAAGAAGGCCAAGAUGCAGCAGCAACUCUAAGAGAAGUUUGGGGGGCCUCCGAGUUAGGGGGCCCCCCCCAGCCCUUGGGGGCCCCCCAGGGGCCCCCAGCAGCAGCAAGCGGGGCUGGGGAGGGCCCCCUGCAGCAGCAGCAGCAGCAGCAGCAGCGGCAGCAGCUGCAGCAGCAGCAGCAGCAGCAGCAGCAGCAGCUGCAGCAGCCCGGGAGCCCCCCCCAAGCGGAGGGGCCCCCCCACCCCGGGGGGCCCCCCAAGUGUGGGGGGCCCCCCGGGGGCCCCCAGCCCGAGGGGGCCCCCCAACCCGGGGGGCCCCCCUUGGAGAAGUUUAAGGGGCUGCUGCUGCAGGAGCUGCAAAGCAUAGGCCUCAUGGUUGUUGCCUUAGCCCAGUCCCAUUUCUUGCUGGCGGCCUUUCGAGCUUCUUCAGAAAAAGAAAAAAAUAAAAAAGAAAUCCAAAAUACUUUUAACUCAAAUGUAGCUGCUGCUGCAGCGCCAGACGCAGCAGCAGCAGCAGCAGCAGCAGCAGCGACAGCAGCAGCAGCAGAAGCAGGACAGGCAGCAGUAACAGCAGCGGCGGCGGGACGACCGACAGAAGCAGCAGCAGCAGCAGAAGCAGCAGCGGGAACAGCAGCAGCAGCAGCAGAAGCAGCAGCGGGAACAGCAGCAGCAGCAGCAGCAGCAGCAGAAGCAGCAGCAGCAGCAGCAGCAGCAGCAGCAGCAGCAGCAGCAGCAGCAGCAGCAGCGGAGAGCCCAAACCCCUUGCUGGACUCCUCAUCUCUUGGAGAAAAAGAGGAAAGAGAAGAAAAAAAGAAUUUUGAAAAAAAAGAAAAAAAUAUUUUUAAAAUUAAUUUCAAAACUGAAGUCCUCAACUCCGCAGCUUCUGGAAAAAGAAAAAGAGGGGCCCUCCAGCUGCACCCGCGCAUGCGCUUAGGCACCAUCACCCUGCAGCAGCAGCAGCAGCAGCAGCAGCAGAAGCAGCAGCAGCAGCAGCAGCAGCAGCAGCAGCAGCAGCAGCAAAGUUGCUGCGCUGCACACAAUGGGGGCCCCCCGGAGGUACAAGCGGAUAUAUUUGGGUGUGUAGCAGGGGAGCUGCUGGAGACGAACGAGCUGCUGCUGAAGUCCCCCGAGUUGCUGCUGCAGCCGCCAGAAAGAGGCGGAUGGCUCUUCAUUGCGAAGCCGGCGAAGCGUCAGGCGAGCUGUCUAUACACCCCAGCGCAGCCGCCGCGCAGCAGAAAAACGAAUUAA